CAUACAGCGAAUCCUACUUGGUAUCUAAGUUGAUCUGUAACAGUCUGAGGUGACCGGGGCUGACAGUCACAGACGACCCCUUGAACAAAGCCACCAUAAGCCCUUGGGGCAACCAAGCUCUGCGUCAAGUCUUGCGACCCAAGUCAAAGCGGAGCGCGUAUGUGCCCCCUUCAAGGAAAACUCUCCAACUAUUCUCCUCAACAUUCAUUAGCCGCCGGUGCUACACGGCUUUCAAGAGUCUCAUCAGUGUCUUUCUUUUUUACUUUACAUCACAGACCUUCAAACAUGGCCUUUCGGCUGUCCACUCUAAUCCUGGUGGGACUGUUCGUCUGCCUCAGCAAUGUGUCGGCAGCGUCCGCCCGGCCCGAAACCGGCAGUCCAAACUUAAGGCGAAGAGAUCCUGCUUUGGCCAAGUCACCUUCUGGAAACUAUGCUCCCACAUACAUUCAGUGCCCGCAAGAUCCUUUCGUCCGGGCUCCGAACGAUAAGCAAAAUCAGCAGACCAGACUCGGAAAAGGAGAGUCCGAUUACAUCAAAGACAAAGCUGCGCAAUCGAUUCCCUUGUGGCAAAAGUAUUUGGAGAACGUCAAACUGGAAAAUUUCAACAUCGAUGAUUUCCUGAAGUCAGCCAAACAGAGUGGAGGUGUGGCCGCGCUCACUCUGCCUAACAUUGGUCUAGCCCUCAGCGGUGGUGGUAUGCGUGCGCUGUGCUUCAGUGGAUCGAUUCUGGACUCAUUCGACUCGAGGAACCAGAAAGCCAAUGAGGCCAAAGUCGGCGGCAUUCUUCAAUUAGCUAAUUAUGCCGUUGGUGUAUCAGGUGCAAGUUGGUUAUUGGGAUCGUGGGCUACCUCCAACUUCCCUCAAAUACAAACUCUUGUUCCGAAUUGGCGGCUAUCAGAGGACAACUCUUUGUGGGAUUGGAACAUCGCAAAAGAUUAUUGGUCCCAUUAUAAAACGGUGCAGGAAAAACGCAAAGCUGGGUUCCCCGUCAGUAUUGUUGAUGCAUGGGGCAGAAUUCUUUCUCGUCACUUUAUAAAUGAGCCCGACAAAAAGAACUCACAGAAAGGAAAAGAAGUCCUUUGGUCAUCGAUCCGGGAAACGUCGGGCUACAAAAGACGUGAUGUACCUUUUGUGAUGGCUGUGACUACCAGUCGGCCAGACAAGGGGGAACCAUUCACCCCGGAAAGUCCAACAUAUGAGUUCUCCGCCGAGGAGUUCGGUAUCUUCAAUCCUUAUCUCAACGCAUCAAUACCCAUUGAGCAUCUUGGAUCCACCCAUACUGCUGGCAACCCUGAUCCCCAAGGCUGUGUUGCUGGCUUUGACAAUGCGGGAUUUGUGAUGGGAAUGUCCAGCAACAUCUUCUCUCGUGGGGAUUCCCCAAGACACGAAAAAAGGCCCAAAUAUUUGACGGCGGUCCGCACAUUCAUCAACGACAUAAAUUUUGAAGGCAAAAUACCCAAUGCCUUUAAGGGUCUAGGAAAGACGUCUGCGUUUCAAAGUGCACGAUACCAGGACACAGACAGGGACUUGAUUUUGAUGGCAGAUUCCGGAUUGAUUCACGAGAACAUCCCCUUGUUUCCUUUGAUUCAACCGGAGCGCAAACUCGAUGUGAUCAUUGCGUUAGAUGCCAGUGCCGAUGGGAGCGACGAAGAUGACCCAAACCUGUAUACAUAUCCCAAUGGUACUCACAUGUAUAGUAUCUACACUAAGACCAAGCUACCUCCUUACAAGGGCUAUCACAUGCCAAGCAUUCCCAAUGCCCUUGACGGUACCUUCACGAAGCUAGGAUACAACAAGCGACCCACGUUCUUCGGCUGUGAAGACCGCCAAGGCCCCCUUAUAGUCUACCUUCCUAAUUAUUACGCUACUGGCAAAACAAACACAGUCACUACGAAAAUAUCCUACAAACCGGAAGAGAUUGAUGAAUUCUUUUUCAAUGGAUUCGCAUUGGCCACCCAAAGCAUGGGCCCAACCCAGAACAAAGACUGGCCGAUGUGUUUGGCGUGCGCAUUAGUCGACCGACAAGUUCUCCGAAACUCCGCCGUCCGAAGCGCCCAAUGUCAAGCCUGCUUCAAAGCCUAUUGCGACGCUCCUUGAUUCUUUUUUCUGCCCCAAAGUUCAACAUAAUAUCAAUGUACAUCUAUCGUUUCCGUUUCCCCCUUCCCUCUCUGAUCACCUAGCCAAGAUUUUUGUAUUCAGAAUUUUUUUUUUUCUUGCGCCUGUACCUAGCGACCAAUUCGGAUUGUGACUCUCCCUUUCUAGAUUCAAAAAAAAAAACUUAUCCGUCGUAGACGUACAUAUUCUGGACAUCUUUUCACAUUCCCUUACAUGUUUCCCGGAAAUUAGAAUCAGGAUUACCACCAAUUGAAAAAAAAUGUUGCCCAUUUUUUAAUUGGAUAGUGCUUUC